AUGGACUUCACCGCGCCGUCGUUCUCCCUCGGCUCGGAGUUCGACUCCGAUGGCGACUGCGGCGGCGGCGGCGACGAGCCCCAGGAGGGAGGACGCCGGGAGGAGCAGGAGCGGCGGCAGUAUGAGGCUCCCGACGCGCCCUCAUUCUCGCUCGGUAUCGACUACGAUGGCGAUGGCGACGGUGGCGAUGAGGUCCACCUCGCCGACGGAGACCACCGGGAGGGGCAGCGGUGGCGUUAUGAGGCGCCCGAUGCGCCGCCUUUCUCUCUCGGCAUCGACUUCGGCGACGACGAGCCCGGCCUCCCCAACACGGACCGCCCCGAGGAGCAAGCGCGGCGGUAUGAGGCGCCUGAUGCACCCUCAUUCUCCCUGGGAUUAAACGACGAUGACGAUGAUUUUCUCACCGGCGGCAGCCAUCACGAGCAAUCGCGUACCCAGGUGACGCCGCCGGCCCGCACCUCGCUCGGCACUGUUGAGGACGACGACGACGACGACUUCGUCCUCGCCGGUGGCCAGCAGCAAAAGCAACGGCUGCAUGGAACCCUUGUCCCCAACCCGACACCACCGUCGGCAGAGACGGCUCGAUUCAAGCGGCUGCGUAGAGGCCCUGCGCCUCCAUCUGAAGCGCCAACACCACCUCCCCGUUGGGCACCAGCGCCGCUGAAGAUGGAAGCGUCUCCCGUGGUGAGCUCGAAGAUCGACUUGGGGGCUAUUGGGAGCUUCGAGGAUGAGAUUGAGGAUUUCACUGACGAGGAGAGACCCACGCGAGACAUGCCACCAUCAGCUGGCAGUUGCAUAACUUCAAGUAGCUCAAAAUUCUCUCAAGCCAGCAACUCAAAGUUCUCUCUGAUGAACCGUGGUGUACUCAUGAGUCAAUUAACAAAUAAAACAAAGAAAUUUACACAUGUGCCUUGUUAUUCAGCUUCAAAAUCUUUGGAAGAAAGCUGCAGCAAGAAAUUGCUCCCUAAGAUAACAUUGAGCCCGAUGAGGAAAAUCCAUUUGCUCGAUUCAGACAGUGACUUAGAUGACAAGGAUAGACCUAGCUUGCGGCCAAAGAGCAAAUCACAAGCGGACACUGUUCUAGAUAAUACCAACGCUGAGAUGCGUGUCAGUUGGGUGACACCUGCUCUUGAUGAAUUCUGCAACGAAUAUUUCAAAUCUGUGAAAGAACAAAGACCUCAGCAGGAAAAUGACAGUAGUUUUUGUGUUCCCAAAGCUAUACGUUUUAACUAUCCCGUUAGUGAAACUGGAGGACACUUCCAACAUCAAGCCACUCCAAGUGGGGCUGCACUACAUGACAAUAUUACAGAUAGCCAUCCUCCUGCAAUGGAUUAUUUUUUCCACCAUGACCCAUUGGUUCGUGAGCUAGUCCGUGAAAGACUAGAGCAUUUUGUUCCAAUUGGGGUAGAUAGCAGCAGAGGAAAUGAGCAAGAUGUCCAAUACAGGAGUCAGAUCGACAGGUGUGCUUCUGCUAAUGAGCGGUGGGUGACUCCAAACAAGAGAACAUCUGUUGGAACUGAAAUUGGCACAAGAAGAAUAAACCCUAGUGGAAUUUCUGGUUCUGGCCAUUGGUUUACUGGAGAAGAUGGAAAAAGGGUUUAUGUCUCCAAAAAUGGCCAGGAGUUGACUGGCAGGAUUGCCUAUCGACAAUACAAAAAGGAAAGUGGUAAAGGAUUUCGCCAAAAGAAGAAAAAUUCAGCUGGAACUAAAGGUGGUUCCACUAGAGCAAAGAAAACAACUAAAGUGAAACAAGAAAAGCGUACAUCAAAGAGGAAGCGCUGAAUUCAAGUCGUGCUACCCUCGCUUUCACAGGCGGAAAUGUAAUUAUUGUUCAGUUCAAUUCAUAGAGUUGUAUGACAUGGUUAUGGCUGGAGAAAAUAAUCACCCAAAGCUUCAAUGCUCUUUGAUAAGGUGAUUUGGGUGACUGGUUGGCUUGGUAAUUGCUUUGUUACUGUUUUACAAAUUAAGAAUCGUGCUCGACGGCUCGUGGU